AUGAGACGGGUCUUGCUUCUCCACCGCGGAAUCCUUCAAGCUACCCCCUUGGGAUAUGUCUGGCACACCUUGAUUUUAUUAACAUUCGAUAGAUCUGGUCUAACCCCGAGCUUGGAUUCAACGAAAACAGUGCCCACGAUAAUAUCUGCGUUUUUUUUUGAGUCACUCGAGGCCGGAUACCAGGUUCAUAAAAAGGCUUGUGGCAUUGAGACGACGGUCGAGGUGAUCACAGCCGUGGCGAGGGGGGACGUACCAUGGCUUUCAAUGCAGAAUACAAUGCCCUUCCGGACACAAUUCGAUGGCUACAAAUUCGGUCGCGGCCUUUCCACCUACCUGUGA